AUGGCUUCUAAGCCCCGUCCUCCUUUGAUGAAGAAACACAGUCAGUCAGACCUGGUGAGCCGGCUGAAGACCAGGAAGAUACUUGGGGUUGGAGGAGAGGACGACGAUGGAGAGGUGCAUAGGUCAAAGCUCAGUCAGAUGUUGGGGAAUGACAUCAAGUAUCAGGUGCGAGAGCCUGUUGGACUGAGGGUCUGGAUCCUCAUCUCUGCAGUAGCCUUCACAGUCAUGGCCUUGAUGGCCCUGGUGUUGCCCAAGCAGCUGUAUGACAUAGUGUUUGAAGAGGAGAUCAACAACACCAGUGUCUCCAUCAGACUCUAUGGGGGAGCACUGCUCAGUCUGUCCCUCAUCAUGUGGAAUGGUGUCUAUACACAAGAGAAGAUCAUCAUCCAGUGGACUCUGCUCAGUGAAGCAUGCUACUUUGCCAUCCAGUUUUUAGUGACGUCAGUCACUCUAGUGGAGAUAGGCUCGUUGCCCAACGCUGCAAUCCUCCUCCUCCUCAGCCAAGUAAUCUUCCUCCUGAUCACUCUGCUCUACUACUACCACCUGGGCAGAGGACGACCCAAGAAGAUAUGA